AUGCCGCCGUUACAAUGCGAGGGACAGCUGUACAACAACCUGCAGUACACGCUACAGUACGAGCCUAAGCACCUGCCCGGGUGCCGGCGGCUGUGGGUGCUGAAUAACAUCGUGAACAGCACUGUGGAGAAGAUGACUUUGGAGCUGCUAUUGAACAACGGAUACACCAUGGAUGACAUCCUCGUAUUCCGCAUCAACUACACGCGCCUUGCCUCCCUGCCCGAGCACGCAUGGCUAGAUGCCGUCACAGAGCUGAACGAGGUGCGCAACCACAUGAUAGAGCACGGCAUAGCGCACGGGGCGCGGUGGGUGCUGCCUCUGGACGGGAACCACUUCUUCACGGCAGAGAUGUGGGGCUUCAUCCUCGCUGCUGCUUCCCGCCACGAGGCCGCCGGGAAAAAGAACCUCAAGAUCCCAGUGGCUAAGGUAGACGGCCCUCAGUCGCCCGUCUGGCUCAACGGCAGCACGCUCUACAGGGAUUUGCAGCCGCACGCGCCUCUGCAGUGGGAAGGGCACCUUGGCUUUCGCAACGACUCCCCCCACCGCUUCCACCCAGGUCUGGGGUACGGGCGGCGGUGCAAGCUAGAAGCCAUGGAUCGCAUCUGUGGCACAGGGCUGUACUAUGAAUGGCACGAGGCGUUCCGAUACCUGGGACUGCUGGAGCUCUACCACCCAGACUUCACCCCUCUCAGAGCAAACACGGGGGAGUGCGGGUGCAUGUGGGAGGUCGGCAGGGACUAUCGCACGCGGCCGAUGAAAGAGUCUUUAGCGCGGGCGUGUGGGAUGAGCGUGCGGCUGUGGUAUUUUCCGUGUGACGGGAGGGGAGAGCAUGGGGGAGCGGUGACUCGGAAUGAAUCGUAUGCGUUUUCGUUGAGGUAUACUGCGCGGUCGAUACUGCGGGGGAAGAUUCGGGCUAUGAUUGAGGCGACAAAGGCGGGGAAAAGAAGAUGA